AUGAAGUGUUUAACUCUGAAAUUAUACCAAACCAAUGGGGUAAUGUAUAAAUAUUAUUCGGUGAUCUUAAUAUUUUUGUUCGGAGCACUGUCUAGUAUAUUUUUUAAUAAAUACUACUCGCCGUAUGUUGACGAUAAUACCAGACAUCUGAUCGUGCGUCGCCCGUUUUCCAUUAUUGAUUUUGAUGAUCAUGAAUUUGUUGAUUCGUAUCAUGAUACUCAUGAACUAAUCAUCAGAGAAACAGAUGUGGAUGUUGUGUCUGAUCAAGAUAAUUUAGAAGCGUUAAUGUCACUGGUUGCUGCCAAUGAGAUGAAAUCGAUGGGUAAAGGUGAAAAAGCAUUGAAACUUAUCGAACACGGUAUUGCACUUGCUCCAAAAAAUCCUGAUUUAUUAAAUGGCUAUGGUGAACUAAUUGAAACACUUCGAGGCGACAUUGUAACAGCCGAUCAGAUGUACUAUCGGGCACUUAUACAUAGUCCAAAACAUAAAGAGGCAUUGAUCAAUCGUAAGAGAACUCAAAUUAUUGUUGAUGAUUUGGAUUGGCAACAGCUCAAGCGUAUUGACGAAAAAAGAGAUAAAAUGGCUUUAAUAUCAGAUUCUAAUAUGGCUCUUAGAAGAGCGAAAAAAGAAGCAUAUUUUCAGCACAUUUACCAUACUGUUGGUAUUGAAGGGAAUAGAAUGUCUUUAUCAGAAACUAGAUCUAUUUUAGAAACUAGAAUGGCCAUUGGUGGUAGAAGUAUUGCUGAGCACAAUGAAAUUAUAGGUUUAGAAGCAGCUCUUAAGUAUAUAAAUGCAACAUUAAUCAAUCGACUUGGUAGUAUAUCUGUUGAUGAUAUUUUGGAAAUUCAUAAACGAGUAAUGGGAUUUGUUGAUCCUUUAGAAAGUGGAGUUUUUCGUCAAACACAAGUAUUUGUUGGUGGUCAUAUUCCUCCAGGUCCAUCUCACAUUGGAACAUUAAUGGAAAAUUUUUCUUUAUGGCUCAAUUCUGAAUCUACUCUUCGACUACAUCCUGUAAGAUUUGCAGCUCUAGCACAUUACAAAUUAGUACAUAUUCAUCCAUUUACGGAUGGUAAUGGACGAACUUCACGUCUACUCAUGAAUAUGAUUUUAAUGCAAGCUGGCUAUCCACCAGUUAUUAUACCAAAAGGAGAAAGACAUAAGUAUUAUCGAACUUUGGAAUUUGCUAAUAAAGGAGACAUUAGACCAUUUUUGAGAUUCAUUGCUGAAUGUACUGAAAAAACAUUAAAUCAGUUUUUGUUGUCUACUACUACAGAGUUUUCAACUGAUAUUCGAGAAUUAGACUAUGAUAAUAUUAUUAUAAAUGAAUCUUAAUAAUGUUUUAAAUUUGAAAAUGUAUCAGCCAACGAGUGUGCUUGAAGAAGCUUAAUACAUUAUCUAUGGUUUUAAUCUACAAAAAUUACUAUGUACAAUUGGUGUACUAUGUAAGUCAAAUUAUCUUAUCUAAAAGUAUCUAUAAAUAUUUUAUUUAUUUAUUUAUUUUUAAUUUGAACUUAUAUAAUUAAAACUAUACAAGUUUUUAAUGUAGUAACUGAUAAUACACUUAAUCUACAAUUAAUAAUUUCUAACUGCAACAUCAUAAGCCAAGAGAAUUAAAAAUAUAUGUAAUUACUUAUACUUUAUCUUGAAGGAGGACAAUAAUAUUUUGCACAUCAUUAAUGAUAUAAUUGGUGUGUUGAGAACCAUAUUGUGAUCACACUUUAACACCUGAUGAGAUGCUCAGCACUGAUGAACAUCAGUUAGAUGACUGAUUAUUCUCUUUUCUAAACAUAAAAAAUGUAUGUACACUAAGUUUUACAGUUAAUGUAGUGUAUAUUUUAUGAUGUUCGUGUUUAUUCUGAACACUAUUUUAUAUAUUACAGUCUUUAAUGACUUAUAACCUUGGACAAUUAGUUGAACCCAG